AGUCUCAUCAAGAAUUCCGUGAAGCAAACAUCUUAUAUUUUUUCGUUAAACGUCUAUAGAAAGUUUUAUUGUUAAGGAAGGGUGUUAAGGACCUCCUCCAUGGGGAUUAUUUCGCAUGAUUGUGCAAAGUGUGAGGUGUUUGACUAACUUAUGGAUAUUUUUCCUCAUAAAUCACCCCCGUACAGCAGAACAGUCUCAAAUAUCAUUUUAAUGUUAUCUCUCUUGGCUAAGUGUUGGAUGAGUUCAGUCCCUUUAUGAGUGUUAAUCGUUAAUCGUUUUCUGGCCAAAAGGAUAUAUGAGUAGGGAGGAAAUUAAAAAAAAAGGCAGAGAAGACGUUUUUAUUUCUGUUGAAGUGCGAUGUUUGAAUUUUUCAUCAAUUAGCUAAAAAAAAUUCAAGUAAAAGCGCGAAAAAGAAUUAAAAGGAAAGUUUAAAAAAAAGGGUUCUUGAAGUGAUAAAUCAAACAGGAUUAGUGGUAAAUUGCGGUGUGUCUGGAUCAUUUGUAAGCAUUCUAGCGAAUCUUUAUUUAGCAAGAAAUAAAAACCCACCCAAUAGAGUAGAAUUUAUUUGGAAGGUGUUUAAAAAAAGAUUUUGUGGUGAAAAUCCGUGAAAAUUGUGAAGGAAAAAAAAUCAACCGAGAGAGAAAAAUUAUGGAAAAUCCCACAAAUGCUAAAAUUGGCGGAUGUGAGUGAAUUGUACAAAAUUGUGUAACGACGAGUCAAUAAAUGUGGAGGAUUUCAAGAGAAUGUCUCCUUAGCAAUGGCCAAAGCCGCGCGACGGUCAGUUGCAUCAGAUCCGUCGUCGCCGACAUCCUACACUAGAUACUACCCGCCACGGUACACCACAGAGCCACUGGAUCGCCGCAGACACACCAACGGACCACUUCGUUAUCAUCCCCCGCAGGCUGUUGUGUCAAGAAUCGAUCGAACAACUCCACCCCCACAUUCACUUAGCUCGAAACGCUUCGAAAAUGCCAGCACGAGCACGAUACAGCCCCCAGCGAAUGGCACCCUUUCCCCGCAAAGUCUGGCAGCUGAACGCGAAAGAAUUAGAAUGGAGUUUUAUGCUACUUAUGACGUCAUGACAGGUGUAAGGAUAGCCGCAACACUGGGUGGCUUCUUCGGUUUAAUGGUGAUAUUGGUGAUGUAUAAGAGUCGCAGUCACUCAAAUUCAGCACUCAAGGAUCCCAAUAUAGCUGCCGUGGCGGCCGCCGUGGUGCAGGAGGAGGAGGAACGAGAACUCCAGGAGGUGCUCGAAGCUUCCGGGCUCACGCUCUACUCCGAUGACUUUCGAUAUGACUUCCAACGACGGAGACUGCUAUCGCUGGGGAAUGUGAGUGCACCGCCAGCACUGCACAGAGGAGCGCGAUUCUCAUCAUUCGGUGGAUACAGUUCACUGGUAGAUCCACCACGGAGGUAUUCCUAUGGAGGUACAAAGCCAAAGUGUUCGUCGGAGUCUUCGAGAAUUCUUAGUGCCUAUCAGAUGGGAGAUAGUUUUGGAACGGAUGACUUCAUCGAGUCGGAUGAUGAGCAGGAGGUGGAUGAUUUCGAUCAGACAACCAUUACGGCUGAAUCGGGAUAUCCCAGUCACUUAUCCGUUCCCCAGAAGCAAUAUGAUUCCAGACGAAGCAGUGGGAUCACUUGCUGCAGCACAGAGAGCUCAUACCUGGAACGUCGGUGUUCGGCUAUAACAUUAGGUAUUCACUCAUUGGCGCCAAUUUCGUCACACAAUCAUUCCCGACGUUCCAGUCGCGAUGCAUGGGACGUUACCAAUUUUCCCGAUAUUAACAUUAUACAGCCCACACCCAAGACUUCACCAUGUCCCAGCGAAGGGAACAUCAAUGAACGCACAACGGUAUCCACGGUACGCCUGAGACGUAGUCACGAACCCACGGAGUCAUUUGACUACAUUGCUGAGUAUCCGGAUGUGAAUGGUGCGGAGGGGCGCAGGGAGCGAUCGGUUGAGGAAUCCGCAUCAGGGAGCUCCCGGAGAGCACCACUGGCAUCCCUGAGCUCCUUCAAGAUCUCCUCCCUGGACUACCAAGAUUCCGACUUGCGGAGUCUGGGGUCAGAUUCGGUCUUUGUGGAAAGCUACGCUGACACGGAUGAGGAUAUGGAGCAAUUCAGCACGGAUAGCGAUGAAGUCAGCGAUGGCCCAACACUCUCGCACCACAAGAAACGCCCAACAAUUGGCGAGGGGCUCCUCUUGCGUCCAUCAGCUUCACUAUCGGGACGCGAUAGUUGCGACGUGCAAAAAUCCAAUAGCUCAGUUCACCUCUCCAAGACAUUUCAGACGCAAGCGGUGAUUGAGAGUCGCCUCGAAGAUCCCGAUGUGGAGGUUGGUAUGGGCAAUGGAAUGGGUGGUGGGAAGACAAUGGUGAAGAGUAAAAGUGCUGAGGAGUGCAUUGUGGUGAGUGUAGUUGCAACGGAUCCCGAUAGAAGAUCCACGAGUUCUGGUCCAGCUGUGAUUCUUGAGUUGCCUGUGAUAGCCACACAGCAGCAAGACGCCGAACAGCCACUUGAUCCAAGUGUUCCUGGUCCCUCGAGGAAGUGGUCCAAAGAAACCCUCUUUUAGUUCUACAACAACAUUUUACCUCCUCCCCCACGUAUCCUGCUAAAAGGAUAUCCUUAAUUUUUAUUUUUUUAAUUUUCCAAAAGCGCUGCCGUGAAAUUAAGUUAAUUUACAAUUUUAUUAAAACUGUUGCAAAGAAAUAUGAGAAAAUGUAAUAUGUAAUAGAUCCCAUAUAGGAGUGAAUUGAGUAAAUUAAAAUUUGUGGGAGGAUCAAUUAGAAAGAUUAGAAAUAAAUAAACAAAAAAGUAAAUUCCGAAAAAAUCAAAAC